GUCAUCCAUGGCGCCACGUGGCAGUCAAUCCACUCACCUCCCCCGCUCCCCUCAAGGUAGGGGAAGAAAAACUCUGUAAGGUGAAAUCAAAACCCUAAUGGAAGCUCUAAAGGCAGCAGUUUCUCCAAAACCCGUAUCAGUUCUUCCCAAAAGAAACAAAACCAACUGCAAGAACAACUUCUCCUUCUCCCCGACGCCUCUGUCUCGAUUCAAAACAAAAACUUCCCCCAAUUUCAGACCUAAUUCAAAUCCACCUUCCAAUUUUCUGUCGGCCCCCUUGAUUCUCCUGUCGUCAAUCGCCAUUUCCGCCUCCAAUUUAGCCAAAGCAUUGUCUUACGAAGAAGCCCUCCAGCAAACCGUCAGCGGCGGCGGCGGCGGGGAUUUCGACAUCGCCGGAGUUUUCGACAGCUUCACCUCCUUCGCCGCCGACAAUGGCGUAAUCAUCGGCGGCGUGGCGGCGAUUCUGGCGGCGCCGUUGGCGGUUGCUCAGCUGAUCGGCGGGAAGCCGAAAGCUUGGGGAGUGGUGAAUGCGAAAACAGCUUAUGAGAAAUUGGGGGAGGAUCCGGAGGCUCAGUUGGUGGACAUUCGUGAGCCGUCGGAGAUGAAAGAGGUGGGGAGUCCUGACAUUCGUGGCCUUAAGAAAAGCGCCAUUGCUGUCGGGUUCAGACGGGAGGAUAAAGCUGCGUUCUUGAAUUUCUUGUCUUUGAAGAUGAAGGAUCCUCAGAACACCACUUUGUUUGUUUUGGACAAAUUCGAUGGGAACUCUGAGCUCGUGGCGGAGCUGGCAACGGCGAAUGGCUUCAAAGCUGCAUUCGCAAUUCGAGACGGCGCUGAAGGAUGGCUGAACAGCAGCCUUCCCUGGAUACUUCCCAAGAAGGCUUUUAGCUUCGAUCCCAGUCGGGUUUUUGAUGCCAUUAGCGACGCUUUUGGGGUGGCUUCAGAACGAGUUCCAUUUAUCUUCGGCACUGCAGCUGCGGCUUUUCUUGGACUGGUUACCUAUACGGAGGUAGAACCCAUUCUCCAAGUGUUGGGAUCGAUUGCUAUACUUCAGUUCAUACGCCAGAAACUCGCGUCCGCUGAGAAAAGGGAACGGACAGCUCAACAAAUCGAUGAGUUCUUGACUACUAAGAUUGUCAUUAAGGAUCUCCCUGGCGACAUUCAGAAAAUUGGGAAGGCUUUAUUACCGGUAGCCGGAAAGGCCUUACCUGUCGAGACAUCCCCUGAUGUUCAGACAAAUCUCAAAGCCGCAGUGGAGGCGGCGGCAGUGUCGGGACCAAAACCAGGACUCAACUCAGUCCCACAAGCACAAAUUUUCAUAGACUUGCUUCCUGGGCUCUUAACACCACUUUCGCCAUAUCCUAACUAUCCCGACUACAAGCCCCCGUCAUCACCCAUGCCGUCACAGCCUUGACGAGGUUGUCCGAAUCCACACACAGCAUAUGUAUGUAUAUGUUGUUUACCGCAUCGUUUAGCUCUUUAUUAUGAGGCCAAUGGUUUAAAUAUGUACGUUGCCCGGAUGUGAAUAUCUUAGGUUGACCGUACACAAAUAAGUGUUUUUUCUGAUAAGAGUUGGGGAAACUUUGUACUUACGGAAAGCACGGAGUAAGAUAUUCUUAAUAUGAUUAUUGUUGUUGUCGGCA